CAAAAGUUUUUGUUUUUAAAAUGUUUUAUACCAAAAAGGCAACAAAAACUUGAUUUUACAGUAAAAGUGAAAUGUGACAUACUGCAGUAUAAAUUAACAUGAGAAAGCAAGCGUGUUAUUUAAUAGGAAAGUUUUAUUUUAUUAAUUGAGUCUGAUUUUAUAUACUUACGAAAACAAGGAAAUUUGUAAUGAAAUUCGAGGAAUGUACAAAAUAAACGGAAUUAAAUACCUUGAGUAAAAUGUUCUGCAUCAAAGCUCGAGUCUCAACUGUUAUAAAGAGCUCAUUCUGUCCAAAGCCUGACUAUUUCAGAAGAACGAUGUCAAUGCUUGUAGAAAACGUUAAAUUCGCGUCAGAAAACGCGCAGGGAGAAUGCCCAGCCGUGUUUGUAAAGGGAAAAGAUUCGAGCAGUGCACGUGGUUUGAUCGUGUUGCAGGAAUGGUGGGGCCUAAACCAACAGAUUCAGGACGAAGCAAAAGAAAUCGCGGAGAAAGGAGAAUUUGUCGCUUUAGUUCCUGAUCUGUACCGAGGAAAACUCGCCACAGAUAAUGAAGGUGCCGGGCAUUUGAUGAGUAACCUCGAUUGGCCCGGUGCAGUGAAGGAUAUUACAGGUAUUAUUAUCAUGAUGGUAGUUUCACUAUCAUGCAACAGAUGGCAGUGAACCAGCCAGUGAUGUUUUCUACACACGUAAAAAUCUCACAACUUGUCAACAAGAUGUGUGUAGGGGGAACAUGGGGGAAUGCUGUCCCCCACCUUUUUUAUCAAGGGAAUGGCAUCCCCCUGCCAAAAUCAAACAUGGGGAAUGCCGUUCCCCCUGAAUGCUGUUUGACACUGCAGGGACCGCGGAGACGGGGGGGCCCCCCACUUUUUUUGACAGCCAAAAUUAUUAAAAUAGAAAUCUAAAUGAAACUUUCUAAAUUAAUUAAUUGGGGGUUUUAUUGAUGAUUUAGCCCCCCCCCCCACUCUCUAAUAUGCUCCGCAGGCCCUGCACUGUCCAAAUAAUUUUGGGUAUCACUUGUUCUACAUACGCAUUAUUUUUGGCAAUAAUUGCUCAGCAUGAUUUUGGCAAUAAUUUCCAUGUAGAUUUUGGCAAUAAUUUCCAUGUAGGCAUGGAAAUACUUCAGAACGUAAUUUUGUCACUACUUUAAUCUCCCUGAAACUUGAUAUACUUGCAGAAAAGUUUAGCACAAAAACACUAGAUGUCUGCUUAGUUAAGUACUUAUUGUCAUUCAUGUCUGCUUAGAUAAGUACUUAUUGUUAUAAGCGCAGAACCCCCACUUGUUUAAUUAAAUUAAACCCCCGCUUGUUUAAUUUCAUGGCCAUUGGCCACGCUCUAUCGGGUGACCACAUCCAUUUGAUUUUCAAAAGCGUCCCCCUAUUUUUAAAUCAGCAAAACAUUGCUGGAACCAGCAGUUAUCAGAAUGAGAAAAUUAUGUCAAUAGACCUUAGAAGGGCUUAUGUAACACAAUUUUUAAUACAUAGGACUUCUGCACACUGAAAAUAUAUUUGUGAAAAGCGACUUUUUCUUCAACAUUGUUGUUGAUGCUGACAAAUGAAAAAGUUGCUUUGCACCAACAAAUUCAUCCAGUGGAAAACAGGCUUUAGACAAAGUGAAGGAACAAAACAAAAUGAAGGGAAAAAACUCAAAUAUUUUGUAAUAUAUUUGCUAGGAGCUGCAAAAUAUCUUCUAUCGAAAGGCUGUACCAAAGUAGGUGUGACAGGUUUCUGCAUGGGUGGGGCAUUGUCUAUUGCCGCAGCUGCCCUUGUUCCCCAAAUCUCGGCCUCGGCACCAUUCUAUGGCAUCCCAGGUGAAGCGCUAUGUGACGUUGGUAAAAUAAAGAUCCCAUUGCAAUGUCACUUCGGCGAGUUAGAUGACAAGGUUGGCUUCUCGUCGCCAAAGGAUGUUGAAACUUUGAAGGCCAAGCUGGAGGCUGGUGGCGUUAAUUUUGAGCUCCACAUGUAUAAUGCUGGCCAUGCAUUCACGCACAAGGGUUGUGAUUUCUACAACAAGGAAGCGUGUGAACUUGCGUUGCAACGAAUGAUUGAUUUCAUGAAGAAAAAUUUGUGAGCAACAAAACUUAUUCAAGAAUGCCAUGGUUUGUCCAAAGAAUAAGCAAAUUCUAUAAUAGUCAUUUAUUAGAAGAAACAGGAUAUCUCGAAUGUCAUUUGUAGUGCAGAUGUUUUGGAAGCAAAGCGAAAAUAAAUUCUCAUAGUUGUACUCC